CGCCUGAGCUGCUGGUAUUUUGAAAGUCCUGCAGCCUGUAAAAGCGGAUGUGACGUUUGACAUCUUUGGUCGUCCGAGAUGUUUAACUCGGCACAGUUAGCCAGACUAGCCUCCGAGUCAAGAAUAAAUUGGUAGCAAGUUAAAACAACUGCAUUUAUGGUGAGGCACAAUGUCGCAGUAUGAACUAUUUUAUAGCCAAACCAUGUCAAUAAUGACGCUGUUAACAGACAGAGCGCGUGCUGAGAUCCGCAGGGUUUAUCAUGAUAACACAGAUACAGAGAAAGAGCUGAAGCUGGCACAGCUUAAUGCUAUCAUGGAGUUUUUGGUGAAGGAGGCAGCACGGAAAAUCUGCCUUCUGUUCAAGUUAUGCAGUGAACAGAAAGAGUGUAAUGUAGUGGAUUUGGACAGUGCGUCUGAAAGAUCAGGAAAUGUACAGGGUCAGCCUGAGCCGAAGGAACCAGCUACACAACCUGAAAAUGCUCAAACUACGAUAUCCGGAGGAACUGUAUAUAUCUUAGUGAGUGGGAAAGAACCACCUGCUUUACCAAGGACUUCAACUCCACUCCAAGAUGUCCUCACAGAAGAUGAGUGUCCUGAUACUCAGGAGCUUGAAUCUACCACAGCCAUGAGCUCUUUUUUGAAGCUGGAAGAAAAUGGAAAAAAGAUCCAAACCAUCUUCAUAGUGAAAGAAAAGAUCCUGCAAGUCAUCCUGUCCUGCAAUCCCACCACCUGUCCAUUGGAUACGAUCAGUUUCACAGUGCUCCAGACCAUCUCACGAGACCUCUUUUCCUUCAUCGCUACUGUCAUUAAUGACUCCAUAACAUCUGGUAAUGUACCAAAUGCAUUCAAGAAAGCAAGGGUUGUUCCCUUCCUGAAAGAACCCAGUCUGGAUCCCUCAGACGUCUGCAAAUAUCAGCCGGUAUGACUUCUCUCUGCUUUCUAAAAUGCUUGAAUGCGCCAUCUACAAUCAACUGUCUCUCUAACUCACCUAGAUCAACCCCCAACAUCCUAACCAGUCUGGUUUCAAAGCAGCACAUUCCACAGAAACAGCCCUUGUGACCAACACUGAGAAGCUCCAUGCCACUAGAUCAGCCAAACUGUCAUCAGUCCUCAUCCCCAUUGACCUGUCAUAAGUAUUUGACACAGUCAACCACAAAACCCUCUUUUCCAUGCUCAUGAAUUUGUGACACAACAUGGCAAUGGUUUGAUUCCUACCUGAAGGGACAGUCAUAUCAGGUGACAUGAAGAGGCUCCAUAUCUGCACGCAACCUUUGGGUAACCAUGGACAAGCAACUGUCCUUCUCCUCUCACACUAUUAAACUGACACGCUCAUGCUGAUUUCUCCUUUACAACAUCAGAAGGAUUCGUCCAUUUCUAUCAACAGAGGCCACUCAGGUGCUUGAUCGGUCCCUUGUCAUUUCAAAAGUGAACUACUGCAACUCGCUCCUGACAGGUCUGCCUCUGAAUUCAACCUCUGCAACUGAUCAAGAUUGCAGCCUUAUAUCUUGUUUUCAACCUUCCUAUGUUCUCUCACACCACUCCAUUACUAUGCUCCCUCCUCUAGCUUCCAUUAGCUGCCUGCAUCAGAUUUAAAACACUGAUGCUUGUCUACAAAGCCAGAAAAGGACCAGCACCCAUCUACCUUAAAGCACUUAUCACACCCCGCACAGCAUCAUGUUCCCUCUGAUUCUCUAUGCACUGCUCGGUUGGACCCACUGUGUCUCAGGGUACAAGAAAGGCAUGCAUCAAGGCUCUUCUCUGUUCUCAUUCCUAGGUGGUGGAAUGAAAUUCCCCUAGAUGUCCGAACAGCUGAGUCACUGGGUGUCCUCAAACGAUAACUAAGGACCUACCACUUCAUGAAGUACUUAAAUUAGUACUGUUAUUUAAAAACUUCUUGUGGUGUCUUGUGUGUUUUUCAUACUAUACUACCUCCCCAACAGGGUUUUUAGACUGAUAGUACACUUAGUCACUGAACUAAUGAACUAGUAUGCUGAUGUAUUUAUUGGUGGAGACUUAUGCAAGUCUCUCUGGAUAAGGGCAUCUGCCAUAAAUAUACACUCACUGAGCACUUUAUUAGGAAUACGACUAAUACCGGGUAGCGCCUCCCCUUGCUCUCAAAACAGCCUCAGUUCUUCAUGGCAUGGAUUCUACAAGAUGGAAACAUUCCUUUGAGAUUCUAGUCCCUGUUGACAUUUCAUCCUCCAAAUCUCCCGUUCUACCACAUCCCAAAGGUGUUGUACUGGAUUCAGAUCCGGUGACUCGGAAGGCCACUGAAGAACAUUGAACUCAUUGUCAUGUUCAUGAAACCAGUUUGAGACAACUUUUGCUUUGUGACAUAGUACAUUAUCAUGCUGGAAGUAGCCAUUAGAAGAUGGGUAAAUUGUGACCAUGAAGGGAUGCACAUGGUCACCAACAAUACUCAAAUAGUCUGUGGCAUUCAAGCGAUGACUUAUUGGUAUUAACAGGCCCAAACUGUGCCAAGGAAUCAUUCCUCACACCAUUACACCACCUCCACCAGCCUGGACUGUUGACACAAGGCAGGUCUGGUCCAUGGAUUCAUGCUGUUGGUGCCAAAUUCUGACAUAACCAUAUUUGUGCCUCAGCAGAAAUCUUCAGACCAGGCUAUAUGUUUCCAGUCUUCAACUGUCCAGUUUUGGUGAAUCUGUGCCCACUGCAGCCUCAGAUUUCUGUUCUUGGCUGACAGAAGUGGAACCUGACAUGGUCUUCUGCUGUUGUAGUUCAUCCACCUCAAGGUUUGACAUGUUGUGGAUUCUGAAAUACUUUUCUGCUCACUACAAUUAUACAGAGUGGUCAUCUGAGUUACUGUACCCUUUCUGUCCACUUGAACAAGGUGUUUCUAUCUGCAGAACCGCUGCUAACAGGAUGUUUUUUCUGAUGUUUUUCCAUCUAAUAUGAUAUAGCUUGAGAAGAUCUGCCAGGAAGAAUGGAAGAAAAUGCCCAACUCUAGGUGUGCAAAGCUUGUAAAAACUUGUCCAAGACCCUGUAAUUGCUGCCAGGGUGUUUGUACAAAGUUCUGAAUAAAGGGCCUAAAUAUUUAUCUUAAUUCAAACAAUUCAAAGUUGUUGUUUUUUUAUUUUUAUUUUUUUUCUUGUCUUUGUCAUUAUGGGUGAUUGUGUGUAUCUUAAUGGCCAAAAAAGUCAAAUGGAUCCAUUUUAAAGUAAAUCUAUAACACCAUAAAGUGUGCAAAAACUGAAGGGGUCUGAAUACUUUCCAAACCCACUGUAAUGCCAACAUUCAAUGCCAGUGUAAUCCAUCUCUAAGUGUAAUUAAUUACUAAUUAUUAAUUCAUUUCUAGUAAAUACACAGUUUUUGUUUAAAAAAAAAAAAAAAAACCCACACGCACAAAUAAAGUAAAGAACAUAAAAUGAAAAGUUAUAACAAUAGUAAAAACAAAUUGCAGAUUGCUUAAGUAUCACCACAGGCUCUAGACAAAAGAAAUUGUAAUUCCAAAAAAAAGGAAAGAAAAGAAAAAAUGCCAUAUUAUUGAGGCCACUAAGACACUUGUGCCCCUACACCACCAAAGUGGUCAUCAGGAUGGGGGAGGAUAUGUAGCAGGAAGCAGAUUUUUGGCAGUAUGCACAGCAUGCUGUUGAAGUGACUUCAUUGUCAUUUUGCACAGGCAUUUUCCUGUAAGCUAUAUAUAGAUAUAUGGUUUUCUUCUAACUAGAUAACAGCGUAAAGAGCUGUACCAACAUUAUAUCAACGGUAUAACUUGUCUGCAAAACAUAGUAAAUAAUGUUAUUUAACUUAGAUCUAAAGUUAUUUGUCUUGUUUUUGAUUAGAAAUAGCACUAUUCCCCAGUUUUAGCUGAGGUUGUCUAACAAACCUCACUUGAGCUGAUAACAGUGUCCUUAAGGUGGUUAUGGAGAUUACCCAUGUGGAAAUAGUAAAUCAAAUAAUUUGAAGCAAACCGUUUAUGCCACGUUAAACAACUGGACCACUGGAUAAACAGAUGAAGUGGAAGAGGAGGGCAAGUAAACCGGUCCAACACCGCCCUCUACCGGUAACCCAAUGCACUUGCUAUUUAGUUAAUUAAACUACUAUCUAAUUAACUUCAUGGUACAGACCUAUAUUUUCUACAACCACAGAUUGCAGUAGAUAAGACUGAAGAGUGAUAUAAGUAAUUUUUGGUUCAUUACAUUGGAUUUUGCGGUGUAGAUUGUCAUUGAAUAAUACUGAAUGAUCUGUGUAGAAAUUAGCUAAUAAGAGUAAUAUGA